AAACUAAUAUAAUUGUCUCAAAAGCAGUAUUUUUCAAUAAAACCCCCCCAUUUGUUGUAAAAUUAAAAUGUGUUCUCCCCCUUUUGACACAUAACCUAACAUAACCUCAAUUUCAACAUUUUAAUAUUUGAUCUUUGGAACCAUGAUCGACUAUCGUAACGAGACAAUAACGAUUUUAUAUGGUUCAGAGACGGGAAAUUCGCAAGAACUAGCCGAGAGGAUAUGGCGUGAAUCUAAGUGUUAUUAUUUUUCGGGCCCCAUACUUUGCAUGGAUGAUUACAACGUAGAACAUCUCAUAAAUGAAACUUGUGUAAUAUUUGUUUGUUCGACAACGGGGCAAGGCGAAGAACCCGAAAAUAUGAGACGAUUUUGGAGGUUUUUAUUAAGAAAAAGCCUUUCUAAAGAUUCAUUAAUUAAUUUGAGAUUUGCUGUUCUUGGUUUAGGUGAUUCUAGUUAUGUUAAGUUCAAUUUUGCUGCAAAACGUUUAAAUAAGCGAUUAAGUCAAUUGGGAGGAAAUUGUUUACAACCUAUUGGGUUGGGAGAUGAACAACAUGAUUUAGGACGUGAUGCUGUUGCUAAUCCUUGGAUUGAUUCGUUAUGGAAUAAAUUAAAUGAGGUUUAUCCAUUACCUAAAAGCAUUAAACCUUUAUCAAGAACUAAUAUUGUACCAAGAUGGAAUGUAAAAACUAAACUUUUAGAAAACGUUGUUAUUAAAACAUCUCAACAAUCCAUUUAUUAUUCUACAAAACCUGAAACGGAAUUUACUGUAAAAGUUUUAGACAAUAUUCGAGAAACUUCUAAAACCCACUUCCAAGAUGUUCGAUUACUUCGUCUUCAAACAGAAGGUGAAAAAUACCUUCCUGGAGAUAUUAUUAUUUUAAGACCAAAAAAUCAUUUAGAUCAAAUAAAAGAAUUUGAAAGAAUUCUUCAAGAAAACCAAGUUAAUAUUGAUGAAAACACUAUAUUUUCUGUUUCACAAAUAACUGGAGAUGUCCCAGUUCCUAAUCCUUUAAAAUACCAAGUAACCUUUCGACAAUUAUGUGAAGAAUAUUUUGAUUUAACAGCCGUUCCAAGAAGAUACACAUUUUGCGUUUUGGGUCACUUAACAGAUAACGAGUUAGAACGCGAAAAAUGUAACGAAUUUAUUUCACCAGAAGGUCAAGAUGCAAUGUAUGAUUAUGCUACAAGACCUCAUAGAACAAUUGUUGAAGUAUUACAAGAUUUUCCACACGCGACAAAAAAUAUUACUCACGAUAUUUUAUUUGAAAUUUUUCCCCCCAUAAAACCGCGCGAUUUUUCAAUUGCGAGUAGUUUUAAAGCGCAUCAAAAUGAAAUUCAUAUUUUAGUUGCUAUUGUUAAAUAUAAAACUAAUUUAAAAAAGGAACGAAUGGGGUUAUGUUCGAACUUUUUAGCCGGAUUGAAAGUUGGUGACAAAAUUUCAGUUUGGACUAAAAAAGGAACGUUUCAAUUUCCGAAAGAAACGGAUUCACCUGUGAUUAUGGUUGGGCCGGGAACUGGUAUGUCUGCUUUCCGUAGUUAUAUUCAUGAAAGGGUCGCGGAUGGAACUGCAACUAAAGAAAAUUUAACACUUUUUUUUGGAUGUCGAGGUGAAAAAACCGAUUUUUUAUGCAAAGAAGAGUUUUUAACAUUCGAAAAAGAAAAUAAAUUGAAUUUAUUUGUUGCAUUUUCUAGAGAUCAAGAUUACAAAAUUUAUGUUCAACAUAAAAUAAAAGAUAACAUGGAUUUAGUAUGGAAUCUUUUAAAGAAUGAAAAAUGCCAUGUUUAUGUAGCUGGAAGUUCAAAAUCGAUGCCUCAAGAUGUAAGAAGUGCUUUUGUUGCUGUUUGUAUAGAAAAGGGGGGUUUAACACCUGAUUCAGCUGAGGAAUUCAUAGCAAAUAUGGAAAAAUAUAAUCGUUACCAACAAGAAACUUGGUUUUGAUGUUAAUUUAAUGUAGACAAAGAAAAUUGUAAAAAUUGUUAUUUAUUCUUUAUUACAAACUAAGAUUAAUUGAA